GCUGUCACCCACGAGCUCGCCUCCCUCAACUCAACCACUUCUCCUACUACAGCCAACCUCCUCUUGCCUCGCCUCGCCACGGAUCGCGCCGCCAUGGCCGCCUCCGCCUCCGCGCCGCCGCAUUCGCUGCUGCUGGCCGCCGUCGCGCUCGCGGCGCUCGCGUCGGUGGCGGCGGCGAGGGACGAGAACGGGGUGUACGACCCCUGCAGCGACACGCGGAUCCAGCGCGGGGACGGGUUCAGCUUCGGGAUCGCCUUCGCCACCCUCGGCGCCUUCUACUCCGGCGGAUCCGUGCAGCUCUCCCCCUGCGACCGCCGCCUCAGCCUCGCCUCCUCCGGCCAGCUCGCCGUCUUCCGCCCCAAGGUCGACGAGAUCUCCCUCCUCACCAUCAACACCACCACCGGCUUCAACCCCGCCACAGCUGGUGGGUACAUGGUAGCAUUUGCCGGUAGGAAGUAUGCAGCCCGGUCUGUUCCAACCUUUGUGUCCAAUUCCUCAUAUACAGUCUCCAGCUUCACCCUGGUUCUUGAGUUCAAUAAAGGCAGGCUUCAAAACUUGCAUUGGAAGAAGGAUGGCUGUGGUGCUUGCGCGAAAUCUUCAAGCCUUGUUUGCAUCGGCAAGCAAACCUGUGCCUUCAGAACACAGAGCUGCAAGAGCCAGGGACCUGUUGACUGCAGUAUCGGCAUCCAGCUGGCUUUCUCAGGCACCGAUAAACACGAAUCAGUUCUGAACUCGUGGUAUGAGGUGUCUAACCUGCGGCAAUACUCCCUCUACGGGCUGUACUCGAACCUGAAGGACACCCUGAGCGGCCAGUUCAACAAGUUCUUCUAGGCUUUUGGUGCACCCGUUGUUCAUACUCUUCUGCCACUAUUUCUCUGGAGCUCCCUGCCUGAUGCUGUACCUAUUGCUCGUUAGGUUUGCCCGAUCUGAUUUUAGCUUGUGUGGAGAUGCUCUUCUGCGUCAUUUUCCACUAGUAUUCUUUCCAUUCCAGUUCCCACUUAACUUCAAUUAUCUGAUGGGUUGCUAUAUGUUAAUGUCAUGUACGCAAGAAAGGUCCUUGUCCGGUUUGCGCGUUUGUAAAAAAACUUCUGGAGUGAAUCAUGAUAUUAACAGCUUUCAUCUAUGUACCAGUCGCCACAUGUUUCAGAAAUUGCUGUCUAUGAUCAUCGGAUGGUUAAACUA